AUGCCAGCACCAGAUCUCUCUUCGGAAGGAGGAAAGGGGCGGGCUACACGGCCAGACGGGCCCUCCCCUUCAGGCGGGGUGGGCCGCGCGCCUGCGAUUUUCCGUCCGUGGUCCUGGGGCAGCCCGGGCCAGCCCAGGAGAACCCGCGAGCCCAGCGGCGCCUGCACCUGCGGCUUCCGGGAGCCGGGCGGCCCCCGCGGUGCAGGCGCGCGCCUAACGGCUUUGCGAGGCUCACUAGGUCUGAGAGGUCGGAGGCCGCCAGUGUCGCUGCUGAAGGGUGGACCAGGCGGGAUCGCGGAUUCUGGGCUAGAUCGCAGACUUGUGUGUUGUGACGAGGAUGAAAUAGUGUAUCCUAGGAUGCCAGGGGAAUCCACCGUCUGCCACCGCGAGCGUGAGAAGAAAAUCAGCUAUCACUGGUAUCACUGGCAUCCCGGCCAUAUAUACCCUAGAGUUGCAUCAAUGGAAGAUUACGAUGAGGACCUGGUGCAGGAAGCUUCAUCUGAAGAUGUCCUGGGCGUUCAUACGGUGGACAAAGACACAGAGAGAGACAUUGAGAUGAAACGGCAAAUACGGCGACUACGGGAGCUCCACCUAUACAGCAUAUGGAAGAAGUACCAAGAGGCGAUGAAGACAUCCUUGGGAGUUCCACAAUGUGAACAUGACGAAAGCUCAUCAUGCGAGCGUCCACCCGAGAUACUCUCGGAGACAUUGCCAGGCUCUGUCAAGAGAAGUGUACGCUUUGCAUCAGAAGAUCAUCUAGAGGAGUUUGUAGCAGAAUAUCUACCUGAAGCAUCCAAUGAGAGUCUCCUCACUGUUGCCCAUGCAGACGCAGGCACCCAAACCAAUGGUGACCUGGAAGACCUGGAGGAGCAUGUGCCAGGGCAGACAGUCUCUGAGGAAGCCACAGGAGUUGACAUGAUGGAGGGGGACCCAGACACACUGGCCGAACUUCUGAUCAGGGAUGUACUUCAGGAGCUGUCCAGUUACAACGGCGAGGAGGAGGACCCAGAGGAGGUGAAGACAUCCUUGGGAGUUCCACAACGUGGUGACCUGGAAGACCUGGAGGAGCAUGUGCCAGGGCAGACAGUCUCUGAGGAAGCCACAGGGGUUCACAUGAUGCAGGUGGACCCAGCCACACCGGCAAAGAAAUUGGAAGACUCCACCAUUACAGGCAGCCACCAGCAGAUGUCAGCAAGUCCUUCCUCUGCACCUCCAGAAGAAGCAACAGAAAAGACCAAAGUGGAAGAGGAAGUGAAAACCAGAAAGCCCAAGAAGAAAACCAGGAAGCCCAGCAAGAAAAGCCGGUGGAAUGUCCUGAAAUGUUGGGACAUUUUUAACAUAUUUUAGAGACCUCUGAAGAUUCCUCGAACACCAGGAAGGGCCCCGAUGUGGGGAUGUCAACAUGGCUCAGACUUGAUGUGGAUCGUGAUCAUUUCGGGAAAUGUGUUACUCCAAAAACUUUUAUAAUCUUUGCUUAAUUUGUUUUUAAAUACUUUCCUGGCUGGGCGUGGUGGCUUAUGCCUGUAAUCCCAGCACUUUGGGAGGCCGAGGCGGGUGGAUCACCUGAGGUCAGGAGUUCAAGACCAGCCUGGCCAACAAGGUGAAACCCCGUCCCUACUAAAAAUACAAAAAUUAGCUAGGCGUGGUGGCGCACUCUUGUACUCCCAGCUAUUUGGGAGGUUGAGGCUGGAGAAUCACUUGAACUCGGGAGGCGGAAGUUGCAGUGAGCCAAGAUCAUGCCACUGCACCCCAGCACCUGGCGACAGAGCGAGACUUUGUCUCAAAAAAAAAAGAACAAAAAAAUUCUGACUUUAACCUCUGUUUUUCAGAGGGCACAAAUUGUUCUUGUAUUGUUUCCAUUUUACAUUGGAAGUUAUUUUCCAAUUGUUUUCAUUCUUUCUGAAGUUUUGUUUACUCAGUUUUAAGCUUUUGUAAUUUUGAUAGACUUCUUUUGUGCUUUCAUUUUCUUAAUGACUUUUACCUCAUUUUUAAAACAAAUCCAUAGUACGGAUGAUAUUGAUGAUGAAAUGUCUUACGAUGAUCAUUUAGAGGUUUAUUUUGAACAACUGGCAAUUCCAGGAAUGAUGGAAUAAAACAUAUGAAGUAGAAGGACUGGAACCUCCAGAAAAAGUACUUUAAGUUACCUACAGGUGAUCCUAGUCAGGUAUGAAUUGAUAAGAAAUGCCUGCACCUUCCCUCCUUCCUAUCUUUCCCUUGCCUACAGAAAAUUAAAAGGCAAAACAAUGGACAUCUACAUAUUCUUCAUUCAGAUCAACCAGUGGCUAGCAUUUGCCACCUUUGCAGUUUCUUUCUCUUUCCAUAAGUACUUUCUUCUCUGAAUCAUUUGAAAUCUUUCAACAGGCAAAUGAAAACAGUAGCCUAAAGUGUCAGUUUCAACCAGAAAAUAACAGCUCUGAUUUCUCAUGGCUCACACUCUUCUGAAACGACUCGGGUAGAGGCUGAGGAAGGCUGUGUUGUUUGUCUACCUGGGACUACACCUACUGAAAGAAGUUCUCAAGUUCUGAUUGAGUUCUAAAAUUUUUUGAAGAUUAGAAUUCUUCAUAUGUAUUGUGGGUAAUCUAGAGAUGACUUGAGGGAUAUUGGAGGGUGUGUCCAGGCUGCAGGUAAAAAGAGAAGAGAAAGACAUUCUUGAUUUUGGUGACUAGAGUUGUAGAUGCUGGAAUCUUUGCCACUAACAUUGAUGAACCAGAUGCACGUCACCAGCCCAUCACGGUGAUUCUUAAUGCCGGCACCAUGGCCCGGCACUGCCACGUUUUCCAAGGAACCUGCCGGAGCUCCUGCGGAAGCUGCUCCUCGGGCCGAUGGAGUCCCUUCGCUGGUAGGCCCUUCUUCAGUCACCACAGGAUGCCUGCCAUUCAUGAGCAGGAAGGAGAGGACGGGCUUUGAAUAAAAAACAGGAUCCAGGAAACAUUUGUGAGGCCAUUUGGACUUCAGUGUGAAAUGGUGUUAAAAGAUGAAGUCAUUUAUUCAAGAAGUAAACCUCUGCCACCUGGACUGUGCUCAGACAUUUCACUGAUUUUGUUUAAUAAACAUUUUCUGGCUUUGG